AUGAACCUGCGUUUCACAGACUCCCCAAAUGCGCGCUCAAAAUCAAUUACGACUGCCGAUGGCAUCGACACCUUUGGUAUCUUGAAUCAGCACUCUACAGGAAACGGUGCCUACAAGGUUGGUGUAUCUGAGGACGUGGGCACACGACGAUAUAUGGAAGAUGCCCAUUCUUUCGUCGUCGACUAUGCUGGUGUGCGAGGCCAGGGAUUCUUCGCUAUUUUUGACGGUCAUGCAGGAAAACACGCAGCUGAGUGGUGUGGCGCGCAUUUUCACGAGUACCUCCUCGACGGACUCCGCAUUUCCUCCAGCGCUACUAUUCCGGACGUUCUAAAUGAAACAUUCCACAAUGUCGACAAACGCAUUUCUCGCCUCAGCGAAGAAUCCGAUGGCAAGAUCCAUUCAGGAUGUACAGUCGUAACCGCCUUUCUUCGCAUUGAGGAUGCAGAUGGACGGCAAUCCUUUCUCCCCGUGCCUCCACUUUCCCCGCCCUCCCCUACUGACAGCGGGAGCCGCAGUGGCAGCGAGUCUCCGACAGAACCUACGGAUGAAUCCAAGGAAACAGGCAAGAAAGCAAAGAGCAAGUCCCCUGCUUCGGCUUCCCGUUUCGCCAGGGCGCUAAAAUCCCUGGGCGGCUCUUCGCCAACCUCACCCUCACUCCCCUCCGCAUUCUCCGCUACACGUAGCCAGACAUCUCCAACUUCGGUGCAAACAUACACAGUUCCAAUUGAUGCACCACCCAACUCGCGGCGCGUGUUAUAUACUGCCAACGCUGGUGACGCGCGCGGCGUACUCUGCCGCGCAGGCCGGGCAGUGCGCCUCACCUACGAUCACAAGGGAAGCGAUAAGCAGGAGGCGAAACGUAUCACCGAUGCUGGUGGAUUCGUUAUGAGUGGGCGCGUGAAUGGUGUUUUGGCGGUAACACGCAGUCUUGGAGACAGCAGCAUGAAAGAAUAUGUCGUUGGGAGCCCGUACACGACUGAAACCGAGUUAGGAAGCGACGACGAAUUUCUGAUCCUUGCAUGUGAUGGGCUUUGGGAUAUCACGGGCGAUCAGGGGGCGAUUGAUCUCGUGCGGCAUAUUUCGGAUGCACAAGCAGCCGCAGAGACGCUCGUGAAGCAUGCCCUUGAACGACAAACCAAUGACAAUGUCACUGUCCUCGUGGUGCGAUUUAAAGCGUCGGGAUCCACAGAGUCCAUGGGACUCGCUUGA